AGUGAGGAGAUUGGACUUGCGAGGUGCACAGGCCCUGGUUAUAAGCUGUGGAUGUGGGACUGUACAAGCUGAAGUCACUGCACUUACCUCUCAGCCAAGCCAACUAGAAUACCCUGCCUGCCUGUACUGUCGCUCUCUCUCUCUCUCUCUCUCUCUCUCUCUCCUUCCCUCCUAGAGUUGGAGCGCUGAGAUUUGGAAAGUGCGCCUCAGACCCACUUUUGGUCAGCCUGAAGACUGUACAGAGACGGUUUUCCACUCCUCUCUCUUCCCUUCGAUCCCACUCUCAGUCACUCUCUCACUCGCUCGCUCUCUCACUGCAGAAGCACAUGGACUACAUUUUCUCCAGAGAGACAGAGAAAGAAGCAAAACAAAAAUAACAUUGGUUCCACCUGCCAUUGGUGAAAAUAUUAAAAUAGUUCUGUUUUUGGACAAACUCGGACCAGCUUUCAAACCAGCGGCAUUGCAAUGUUUAUUUAUAUAUAUUUUUAUUCUCUUUCGUUCCUUUGAAAUUGACUGAUCUGAUACCAUCCUAAUUUCUCUGAGAGACAUGCGUGGCUGAAGGAGAAGAGGAGCCAGAGACCAACCUGAAAUUAACACCUCGUUGACACCCUCUCACAUCCCGUUCCUCCAUCUACCAUUCAACGUUUUGAGGAGAGAAAAAAAGUUGCUAGCAGCUAAACCUAGAGCCGGGGAGUCAGAUGACCAUGCUGUUGGCUCCUGUCUGUGUGCUGCUGCUGCUGGGGGGCCGUGUCCUUGGAGGAGGCUACCCCCCCAUGCCCCAGAUGAAGUACAUGCAGCCCAUGAUGAAGGGCCCUGUGGGACCUCCCUUCCGAGAGGGCAAGGGACAGUACCUCGACAUGCCACCCAUGAUGGACGUAAAGGGCGAGCCAGGGCCCCAAGGAAAACCUGGACCUAGAGGCCCAACUGGGCCCUCGGGACUUCCGGGAAAACCAGGGCUGGGGAAACCAGGUCUCAAUGGCCAGCCUGGCCUUCAGGGGCCUCCAGGCUUUCCGGGCAUUGGGAAGCCAGGACUUCCGGGUCUCCCAGGAAAAGGGGGAAUUAAGGGGAUGCCUGGGAAUAAUGGUGAGGUUGGACUUCGGGGUGAACCAGGUCCCAGAGGACUUCCAGGUCAACCAGGUCUCCCCGGCCCAGCUGGCCUGUCUCUUAAUGGCAAACCUGGCCUUCCAGGUGGGAGUGGCCAACCUGGGUCUCGUGGAGAACCAGGACAGAAAGGUGGGCCUGGAAAUCCUGGGGAGCGUGGAUUCAAGGGAGAGAAUGGCAAUGGGAAUCCUGGAUUGCCAGGAACCAGGGGCCCCAAUGGGCUCAGGGGCCCCCCAGGGCCAGCUGGUAAUCAGGGCAUGGGAAAACCAGGACUUGACGGGCUUCCUGGUCCUUCUGGGCCUAAAGGGGACCAGGGGCUCCCAGGAAGAAUAGGAGAGCCAGGGAAGGCUGGAGGUCCAGGGCUGCAAGGCCAGCCAGGAUCCGUUGGAUUGGGCAAGCCUGGUAAUGAUGGAUUGCCUGGAGGACACGGCCCACUUGGGCCUAAAGGUGAGCCAGGACAGAGGGGUUCUCCAGGGUUUCCUGGAAGUCCUGGCUACGGCAAACCUGGUCUACCAGGGACAAAGGGAGACAAGGGCCUUUUCGGGGGACCAGGUGUCCCUGGAGAUAAGGGAGAGACUGGGAUGGCGGGACAGCCAGGAGACAUGGGCCCAGAUGGACAACCAGGACCACCAGGAAUACAGGGCCCCAUGGGGCUUUCAGGAAAACACGGCAUGCCUGGCCUGAAGGGAGAGUUGGGUCCACAGGGGCAUCCAGGUCUGCCAGGGAUCAGAGGGGACCAGGGUCCUGGUGGUAUGUCUGGAAAACCAGGCAUUCCUGGAGACAAAGGGCUCCCGGGCCCUAACGGGGCUAUUGGAAAACCUGGGCCCAAAGGCGAGGCAGGGCACAUAGGCCUGCCAGGAAACCCAGGUAUGUUAGGCAAUCCUGGACCAAAAGGGGAGCUUGGGUUUGUUGGGUCUCCAGGACCAAGAGGCCAGUCUGGAAUCCCCGGUCUGCAGGGGCCUUCAGGGCCAAUGGGGCCACAGGGUAUCCCAGGUCUGAAGGGCGAACCUGGGCUGUCGGGUCUUCCAGGUCUGGGCAAAUUCGGAGAAAAAGGAGUUCCAGGUCCCCAAGGUCCCCCAGGAAAGCCAGGCAACUCUGGACUCAACGGCAACCCCGGCCCUCCAGGGCCACCCGGGCCCCCUGGCCCUGCAGGAAACGGACAAACCGGGGUGGCUGGGCUAACGGAUUCAGGGCUGGGUGGGGACGAGGUACCAGACGGGAGGAACGGAAAACCACAGUUUGGCCGUGCAGAUCUCUCCGCCACCCUGGCACCCGCGUUUACCGCCAUCCUCACCACAGCCUUCCCUCCAUCUGGGAUGCCCAUCAAGUUCGACAGGACCCUCUACAACGGGCAGAAUGCCUACAACCCUGCCACCGGUAUCUUCACCAGCCCCAUGUCUGGCGUCUACUACUUUGCCUACCACGUGCACGUAAAGGGAUUCAGUCUGUGGGUGGCACUGUACAAGAACUAUGUUCCAGCCACAUACACCUACGACGAGUACAAGAAGGGCUACAUGGACCAGGCGUCCGGUAGUGCCGUCCUUGAGCUGAAGGAGAACGACCAGGUGUGGAUGCAGAUGCCCUCGGAUCAGGCUAACGGGCUCUACUCCACCGAAUACAUCCACUCGUCCUUCUCAGGGUUCCUGCUCUGUCCCACAUAAUGGCCUGCUAGUCAACUAUCACCUAGGGUGCCUUCUGAUGUCCCUGUAUCAAAACACCGGCAGCCAGAAUAACACCACCUGUAUAAUGUUAUCAUCAACAACAUCAACAACGACAGGAAAAGACAUUGUGAACGGAAGAUGGAGAAUUAAAAAGCAGGAGAAGGAUACUUCAUGCUGUGCUCUGUUUUUAUCUCUUUCUUUGAAAUGUCUGUGUUUUUUUUUUUUACGUGUUUGUUUUUUUAGCUUAUAUUAUUAUAAUUAUUAUUAUUGUCAUAAUUGUUAUUAUUAUUAUUAUUUUGUCAUCGUUGUCUGUAUUGUUGUUGUUUAUUGGAUUCGGACUAUUAAGUGCCUUACAUUGUCUAAGUAACAUUUAUUAUGCUGCGCUCAUAACUAUUUGGGAAGGUGGUAAAUACCAUUUGGAUGCAAUCACGUUCUUUGAACUCAUUGAGAAACGCCGAUUGGCUAACAGUGCUUGUAAAAUAUUAUGGUGUUUAAAAAGCAUAUUAAUAGCUUGCUUUUUAUAAAUAAUGUUUUGUUGUUGCAUUUAACUGUCAUAAAUACUGUUAUAAUUUCCUUAGUAGGUGACGUUGGAAGUCAGCAUGUGGGAGAAGUCGGAGCUCAGCGUUGAUAGACGAGUUUCCCACUAGUAAUUACCAGUUAGAGGAGCGUUAAAGUGUUUUUUCAUCCAGUCGUAUGUGGUAAAUACCACCUUCCCACUUGGUUAUGAAUGUAGCAUUAGACCUACCCAUGUGACUGCACAUCCUACCCAAAUGCUCUGACAUCUGUAGGAUGAAAUCGUCAGACCCUGGGGCUCUGAUUGGUUCCCCUGGCUGCAGUCACUUCCUGCACAAAAACCUCCCAUUUUCUUCUGUGUGCGCGUCCUUCCUAUUUAAAUCAAUAUUUCACAUAAAGAUGUACCAUUACACAUACAGUAUGAAGAGUAUAUUCAAUAAACAAUUCCUUACGUGAAAUAAUAUCCAAUACUUUUCACUUUACUUAAAAAAAUGUUUUUUAAAUACCUGUUAUAGGGAUCGAUGGAUCAUUGUUUAUCAGUAUGCUCUGAUGUUUUGACAGUCAACUUCUAGUUGUCUGUUGGGUGCUAAUUUUCUGGUUUUGGAUCAUGACUAUGACUUGACCAAUAAGAAGUCAUUGCUGGUCAUUCUAGAAGGUGACAGUUUUGGAUCAUGGCUAUGACUUGACCAAUAAGGAGUCAUUGCUGGUCAUUCUAGAAGGUGACGGUUUUGGAUCAUGGCUAUGACAUGACCAAUAAGAAGUCAUUGCUGGUCAUUCUAGAAGGUGAUGGUUUUGGAUCAUGGCUAUGACUUGACCAAUAAGAAGUCAUUGCUGGUCAUUCUAGAAGGUGACGGUUUUGGAUCAUGGCUAUGACUUGAUCAAUAAGAAGUAAUUGCUGGUCAUUCUAGAAGGUGACAGUUUUGGAACAUGGCUAUGACUUGACCAAUAAGGAGUCAUUGCUGGUCAUUCUAGAAGGUGACGGUUUUGGAUCAUGGCUAUGACUUGACCAAUAAGGAGUCAUUGCUGGUCAUUCUAGAAGGUGACGGUUUUGGAUCAUGGCUAUGACUUGACCAAUAAGGAGUCAUUGCUGGUCAUUCUAGAAGGUGACGGUUUUGGAUCAUGGCUAUGACUUGACCAAUAAGAAGUCAUUGCUCUAUCCAACUUGUGUAAGAUCCACACAAAGCAGGGGACACAUAGAGACAGCAGUAUUAAACAUCUAAGAGUAACCAUGCUUUCCCCCGUUUUCUCUUCUUUGAAAAAGCAUCAAUAGUAACCAGUAACCUAAAGAAUUAUAAAUACUGUAUAUAGAACACAUUAAAUAGACAAAUAAAUAAAUCUAUGAAUAAAUGUGUAAGUUAAUCAUUAUAUUAAUAAAUACAUUAUGCGUCAGCUAAUAGACAGAAAUUGUGGGCCAAAUGCGUUCGGAUCAAUGUCAUGUUUCCCUGCAUCGAUCCAUUCUGUGGUUAUUCCCAUUUACUACCUGCAUUGCAGCUCCCAUGUCACCCUCAUUGCGUGCUCUAUGGCACACACAUAUUGAUGACAUCACUGCUUCUUGUGUCCGCUAACGCCAUGGCUGCGGCCGAGCAAUCAAUGCCCUAGUACCUUUCACAUUAACAUUUAGAGUGAACGUUCUGAGGGAUAGCUCACAUUAAAAGCCUCAUUCUGUCUACAAACUACAAAUCACAUUAACAACUGGCUAAAGGCCAUCCAACCUGUUUCUACAGAAUAACCCUUUCAAGGUUCAGAUGUAACCCAAUGGGUGCAUUGGGUGCAGUUCAAAUGAUCUUACACAACGCUCCCAGUAUUUGGUGCUAUAGUUAUCUCAUUGUAAUGAUAAAUGUACAGUAUAACAUAAAGGUUAUACAUUCAUUUUCCACCUAAAGAUACAUCCACAACUAAAAUGGUUUGUCCAUUGCUUGGUUAAAUGGAACAUCUGAUGUUGCCACAGUAUAUUCCUAGUGGAAGUCUUGUGACAGGAUAUGAAGGAAGGUUAACUUUUGGAAAUGACCAUACAUGAAUCUCCAUAAUAAGUAAUGAGAGAGAGAGAGAGAGAGAGAGAGAGAGAGAGAGAGAGAGAGAGAGACUGACAGAGAGGGAGGGAGGGAGUGAGAGAGAGACCCUGUGGUUGUGAAAUUGUUCUUGCAUAACAGUUAACAUGGCUCUGUUAUUUCUGGGAGAAACGGUGGGACAAGGGUGAGAAGGGUGUUUGCUGUGUGAGUUCUCCUAGUGCAGUACAGUGUUUCUGUCUGUAUCUAUUUUUUAACUCCCAGCCGUUAACACUUUACCUGGGUGAAAGAUGAACUGCAGAGACCAUGGAACAUGCUUUCUGAGUCAUGCACUUCUAGUUAAUACUCCACCACAGUUUUGAAUUGAAGAUCUGAUGUGGUUCUAAUAGGACAUGUGUGUCAUCAUGAAGGUUACCUAAAUGCACAUGUAUGGUCCUAUAGCUUGGUCAAUGUCGCAAAGAGAAGAAUUUGGUUUGGUAGUAGUAGUGGGCUACACAUCAUGCAAAGAGGAGAAACGUCAAAUAGACACGUGGGAAAUGUAUUCAAAGUAAGACGACAGUAAUGUUGGAAUAAAAACAUGAAGGUUUAUCGUGAAGACCUUAAUUUUCCAGUGACCUUGGGCUCAAGGUUAUAUCAUACAGUAUAUCACACUCCCUUGCUGUAAGUUCAAUGUAGGGGCAUCAUAUAGUAUGUUUCCAUCAUUAGAUAUAUUUACUAUUGGUCAUCAAUGGUGAGAAUACACCAUUUAGACUGCCCUGAUGCUAUUCAUGGUGGAUAUAGCAGAAUGGUAGGUAGCACCCAUUUAUUUUCCUAGAUUUUGAGUUCUCUUUCUGUAACAAUACCCAAGAGUAGAAGUUGUAUUCAGAUUGAGAACCUGAGGCCAACAUUCAUUCACAAUGGUUAUCCAGGUUCCUGCGGUAAAUAAGAAGAAUAAUGAAUGUAGGGAUAUUGCUCUGUUGUCUGCAUAUUAAUACACUUGCUGUAUAGCUGUGUCUAAAGAAUGAUGUUUUUGAAAUGUUCUGGAGAAACGGUCAUCGGUUUUGACUGAGUUGAGCCUUGUGUCUCACGUUCAGUGUUUUAGGUUUAUCCAAUGCACUCUCACUAGUCUCGGUGCCCCUAAUCCUCUCAUUAGAACCUGAACAUCCUUAAGCAACGUUUGUGUCUCAUUACUGUUGUGUAAGUCUACUAGACAAUUCAAGACUUGUUCUUGUUAUGUACUGUAUAUCAGACAUUCGGAAAGCCAUUUUUGAGUGGUGUGGUCGGACAGACUGUUACUCUCCUUUUGUCUAUUCCUUGUCAUAGACAAUGUCACUUGGUUUCAGAGCUUGCAGUGUGUGCAAAUCAUUUUUCCCAAAUGUACUGCCUUGAUCAUAAACUGAUUAGACUUGUUUUCUAUUCAAUGAUUAAAAAAACUAUAAAAAAGACGCCUUGCUUCGGUUUUAAGGGAUAUUUGUUUGUUAGAGUUUGGAGAUAGAUGUUAUAGUUUGGAGAUAGAUACAAAUGAGAUGGAUACAAAUGGGCAUUUUAAUUUGCACAUGACCUUAAUGAAGAUGUCUUUAUACAUUUGUGAUAAUUUAACAGUAACGCCAAAACCGCCCACCGAAGCCUAGAUGGUAUAAAUGGUAUUUAACAGCAUUGAACGAGAUCAUUUAGAACACCUAGUUAGCAUUCUAGCAUUGUUCAUGAAGGAUUAUUUUUGUGGAUUUAAAAAAACAUGUUUUUUUUUGUGUAAUGUACAAUGUAUCAACCUAUAGGAUUUUUUUUGUCUUAUACAUGGCUAUUGUGUGCCCUCUAUGCAAUAUGGGUAUAAAAUGCACUCUUUUUGAUUGAAAAUGUUUUGUCUGCUUAUACAAAAUCUACAGUACUUGAUUGUAUUGAUACCAAAUCAAUAAAUACUUUAUUGUA